AUGGAAGCUGUUCCAGAGUUUAUAAACCUUACAGACAAUGAUAACGCCUUGCUUGAAGAGUUUUUAAAAGAUAAUGAAGAAGAAUUAUUAGAAUAUGACGAAGCAUUUUUAGAGCAAUUAAUAAACCAAGAAGAUCCGAGAUUAUUAAAUGCUGAGGUUGACAAUUCAAUUUUAAUGCAACAGUUAUUUGAUAUUCAAGAAAAUAAACAAAAGUCCAAUAUAUUUCACGCUAAAAGUUUUAUUCAAGCAUGUAAAACUGUCCAAAAUGAAGAAAUAGAUGAAUGCAGUUCUGAAAGUGAUACCGAAAUAGAAGAUGAAAAUAUUGAUUAUGAGUCGCAAGAAGAAAAUGAAUCAGAAACACAUGAGAAUGAAUCGCAUAUCAUGGAUGAAAUAUUAUCAACUCCACUUUCGUCAUGUGUAAUUAUUGAUACUAUUAAUGGAAAAUUGCAAACUUGUGGUAUAAAUAGCAAAAAGAAUAUUUCUCAAUUAGUAGGAACUUGGCAAAUUGAUACAGAUAACGCAACUAAAUUUUUAGACGGAAAAAUUAAUUUAGGUGUAUGUAUGUCACAUUUCAAUUAUGAUCAAAAAAACCAUAGUAACCAGGCUAAACAAUUAAGAAAAACGGAAGAUAGUAUAAUUCAUAAAAGGAGAUGCUUAUUUUGUGGGAAGAAUUAUUUUUUUUUUAGUCGUGGAAUGAAUUGCCGUCAACAUUCUUGGAAUGUCUUUAACAGAAAUAUACAAGUAGCUUGUAAUGGACAAUUCAGUUGUAAUGCACUCGAGGCAUGUCCAAAUAUAUCUAAUUUAGUUAAAGAGGAGUUUCCAAAUUCCCGGUAUAUAUGCUGCAGCUGUUUUGAAAUUAAUGGAGGACAUCUUCACCAAAAAAGUGGUUCGGGAAAACCUAAAUUCAGUUGUGUAAAUUCAGGAUUGCAUAAUGAAGAUUAUAAUAAGAUGCUCAUAGCGUUAGCAAAUUGGCUUUUUCAUGUUGCAAAAAAAGAGAGUGAGGAAAAGAAAAAAAUUAUUCUUACGCAUAUGCUAAAUACUGCAUUCCAUUUUCUUCAAGAUGUAUUUCUACCAAAAAGUGCUAAAAAUAUUUCCAACAAUUUCGAAUUUAUUAGUAAUUUUGAUGAAGUUCGUCGAUUAUCAUUAUCUUCUAUCAAUUCCUUUACCACAACAAGCACAGAAUUAGAUCAAAAUAAUACUCAAUUACCUACUCUUUUUGCGUUUCAAAUUCUUCUAAAAAUGAAUAAAAUUUCAAAUAUAUAUUCCCAUUUCUCUGAAUUGCAUAUUUCUGAUGCACAAUGGCCUGAUGUAGGAAAAAAAUUAGCAGAACGUAUUUGGAAGUCACGAAAAGAACUGAACGAAAAUAAAACUGAAAUUCAAAAUCCGGCAUCUCUUGAAAAUUACCAUUCAGCUUUUCCAUCAUAUUUAACCGUAUUAAUAGAAAUUGCAUUUCCAGGUUUACGCGUUUGGUUUACUCAAGUACUUGCAAGUCUUAGUCGAAAACCAAAACUUAUUCAACAAUUUUGGCGCCUUCUUUCUACUUUGCAAAUAAGUGGACAUACAGAUAGUCAAGAAAGAAGGCUAGAAAAAACUCGAAUGAAAUCUAUAGAUCCAUGUCAACGUCUUAAUAAAAGUGAAAAUGCUUGGAAUUUAGCUGUCAUUGAUAACAUAGAUUUCAAGGAAGCAACUUUUAGAUAUGGAAAUAUCUUUGACACAACACGUACCAGUACACAUGCCACACUUCGAAUGGUUUUUCAGCACCAAAUGCCAUUCAAUUUACAUGAAAAUAAGGAUGAUGAAAAUCAAAUUACCUCUCCAUUAGAAUUAUUUGGCAUGAAUCAAGUAAUUAGGGAUACUUUAGACACCUUUGAUUCUGUUUUAGAUGACCUUCUUAAUGUUAAAAUAGAUUCACAAGGGAUUGCAGAAUAUCAAACAAACUUUGAUAUGGCUAUUGUGCAUGAAAAAAUCUUAAAUCACGUUGAACAUGGAUGCAAAGUAGAUCCCCCGAAUGUGGUAAUUUUAGAGCCUGGUGGAGUUCCAAGUUCAGACGAAGGUAUUUUUGAAUCUUUACAAAUGUAUAAAAGAGAUUUAGAACUAACACCUGAACAAUAUUUGGAUGUAGUUGCUGAUGAAGCAAUUUUCUGA